AUGACCCAGUCCUACAAACAACGAGAUCUUACCCCAGCACAGAUCAAGCUUAUCCUCAGCACUGUUCCGAUUUUGGAGCAAGCAGGAGAGGCUUUGACUGCCAAAUUUUACAAUAGAAUGUUGACAAACUACGAUGAGGUUAAACCAUUCUUCAACGAAACUGAUCAAAAAUUGUUGCGUCAACCAAAGAUUUUGGCAUUUGCGUUGUUGAAUUAUGCAAAGAAUAUUGAAGAUUUGACUCCCUUGACCGGUUUUGUUCAACAAAUUGUUUCUAAGCAUGUUGGUUUACAAGUGAAGGCAGAGCAUUAUCCUAUAGUUGGCAAAUGCUUGAUUGAAACCAUGGUGGAGAUUCUACCCAAGGAUGUGGCCACUCCAGAAUUUGUUGAAGCUUGGAGUGUAGCUUAUGGAAACUUGGCAGCUCUUUUGAUUGAUUUGGAGGCCAAAGAAUACAAACAAGAACCAUGGCAAGGGUUCAAACCAUUCAGAGUCACCGGAAUUGUUGAUGAAUGCGCAGACGUGAAGUCGGUUUAUCUCACUCCCAUUGAUGGAAGUCAGAUUCCUCCAUCCAAACCAGGCCAAUAUGUUUGUGUUCGCUGGAAAUUACCUGGGGAAAAGUUUGAAAAAUCAAGAGAAUACUCCCUUUCUCAAUUACCUGAAAAUAAUGAAUUUAGAAUUUCGGUAAGAAAGUUGGAUGGAGGCAAGAUAUCGACGUUCAUUCAUGAGCAGUUAAAAGUUGGUGAUAUCGUAGCUGUGGCUCCUCCAAAUGGUAAUUUCAUAUAUAAAGAAGAGCCCAAAGAGAAGAAGUUAGUUUUGAUAGCGGGAGGAAUUGGAAUUACUCCCUUGGUUCCCAUUUCUCAAUACGCUUUACGCGAGGGACGUAAUGUUAAACUUAUUUACGCAAACAAGUCCCCUGGUCAUCGUGCCUUUGGUCCAUAUUUCAAGAAACAAUUGGAGACCUAUCCAGAAAACUUGUCAAUUGAUGAAUAUUUCUCCCAUCAAGAAGAAGGCGCUGUCCACCCCAUUGCUAAGACCAUUAACAGAAGGUUAGAAUUGGAAGAUUUGAAUUUCAUUGACGGAAGUCGAGACGAAGUUUACUUGUUAGGUCCGAGGGAGUUCAUGAAAAUCAUUAAAGAUCACUUGAACAAAAAGGGAAUAAAAGUCAAUUUUGAAUUUUUUGGUCCCAUGGAUGACACCGGUGUCCCUGGCAGGCUAUAUGACAANCAACAGCAACAGCAACAGCAACAGCAAGAAGACUGGAAUGGAUCGUAUAUGGCUGUAUUGGAGUCCCUACUGCAGAAGGACGAAUUUUAG